UUUCUGCUGUGGACCGAGCUGUGUUCGCGAUGUCUCGCCCCGUGGCCUUGGCCCUGCUGGUGCUUCUGUCUCUGCUUGGCCUGGACGCUGUCCAGCGUCCUCCAAAGGUUCAGCUUUACUCACGUUACCCAGCAGAGAAUGGGAAGACCAAUUUCUUGAAUUGCUAUGUAUCUGGGUUUCAUCCACCCGAGAUUGAGGUUGACCUGUUGAAGAAUGGAGAGAAGAUGGAGGUGGAACAGUCAGACUUGGCUUUCAGCAAAGAUUGGUCCUUCUAUCUCCUGACCCACAGUGAGUUUACCCCUUCUGACAAAGAUGAAUAUACCUGCCGUGUGAAGCACAUCACUCUUCUACAACCCAAGACAGUUAAGUGGGAUCCAAACAUGUAACCAGCAUUGUUGCAGAGAUUUGAAGAGGCCUCAUUUGAUCUGGACUAAUUCCAAAUCCUCUUUUCUUUCUUUUUAAUAAUGAUAUCAAAAUAUACACUUGUAUACUUUAUACACAAAAUUUAGGAAGUUAUAGUGAUGUUAACACAGACAUCAUCUUUUAGUUCUACUUUGGAUCGGUGGUAUCUGUCAGGUUGCACUAGAGGAACUAACAACUUAGAAGUGGGGAGGAGAGAAUUCUCAUGCCUAACAUCAACAUCUUGGUUAAAUCUGAAUUCUUCAGUCUCUUCUGCAUGUGAAGCUUGAUAAUUAGGAUAGUUAUGCAUGUUCAAGUUAAUUUCCAAUUUGCUUACUGUGCUUGUAGAAAUGUAAGUGUUAGAUUAUUAGAAAUUCGUUAUAAUGAAUGAAACAAAAUUCAUAUUUAUCUCUUAAAUCUGUUAAAGACAGACAUGGUUGCACAAAUUUUGAUCUCGUUUUUGUUUCAAUAAUUAAACCAUUCAUAAAGCUUGA